AUGGCAUCUCAUAGUGACGCCGAGAAGCCUUUAAUUCAAAGGCUCCGCUCCCGUUGUGGAGGUGUGGUCCACCACAUCAGAACCAACAGACCCAGCUACCGUACGCUACGAAGAAUAUUCCUCGCUAUCAUUGCGAUCACGGUGAUGAUCGUGAUAGCCGUUUUCUCCAUCAAGGAUUUGGUUCGUAGAAGGCAGGAGGCGCUUGAGUCUGACUAUCCAGAUUUCUCCAAGCCUAGAGAAAAGCUCUCAAAGAAAAUCUUGGAGUCCGAGCUGGACUUUCCUUUCCUGGUGGGAUGUCGGGUCCCAGAUACCAAUGGACCUCGAGCCAACGCGGCAUUUGUUAUGUUGGCGCGUAAUUCGGAGCUUGAUGAUGUAGUGAGCUCCAUGAAGUCUAUGGAGCGUCAUUUCAAUCAGUGGUUUAAUUAUCCAUGGGUGUUUUUGAAUGAUGUUGAAUUUGACGAUAAGUUCCGUGAAACCGUUAAGCAGUACACGAACUCGGAGGUGGAGUUUGGUGUGGUUCCCAAAGAACAAUGGGAAUUCCCUGAAGACAUCGAUAGAGACUUGUUGCACGAGAGCAUUGAAAGCCAGGGUGACCGUACCAUCAUGUAUGGAAAUAUGGAAUCCUACCAUAAGAUGUGUCGCUUCUACUCCGGUCAUUUCUUCGACCACCCGCUAGUGGCCAAACGGGAAUGGUACUGGCGUGUGGAGCCAGACGUGCAGUUUUUCUGUGACUUGACCUAUGACCCGUUCUUGGAGAUGGAGAAAAACAACAAGAAGUAUGGCUUCACCGUCACCAUUCAGGAAUUGUAUUACACGGUUCCUUCAUUGUUCAGAGAAACAAAAUCGUAUAUUCGAGAUUAUGGCAUCAAUGUGGGUUCUGCGUGGGAUAUAGUGGCCACCAAAUUCUUCUCCAUCAAGGGAUCCAACGCUCAUGAGUAUUUGGGUGCAAGAGAUACAAAUACAUUACGCAAGGAAGUGGAGAAGAACUUAAAUCUCAAAAGAAUAUUGGCAACGAAGCAGAAGACCGACGCCGACUUAGAGAAGAUCAAAGAGUUCAAAUAUGUCAGGGAUAUAUUUGAGAAAGCAUACGAGAAGCCACCACUUUUCGAAGAUAAAUAUGAAGGUGAAGAGUACAACUUGUGUCACUUUUGGACCAAUUUUGAGAUCGCUCGUGUUGACCUUUUCAAGUCCAAAACGUACCAAGACUACUUCAAUUAUCUCGAGAAUAGUGGAGGAUUUUAUAGAGAGCGUUGGGGAGAUGCACCUGUGCACUCGUUGGCUGUUGCCAUGAUGUUGAACAGGGAAGAGAUUCACUACUUCAGAGAUAUUGGUUAUAAGCAUACCACAUUGGGUCACUGCCCAGGCAACGCUCCAGGUAAGCAACUUCCGUAUGAGCCAAGUGCCAACUUCAAAGAGGACGUGAAGAAGACGUGGUACAGUUCAUUUGUUUCCGAUGCGCCAGACAAGCCAGGUAAGAACGGAGUGGGAUGUCGAUGCCGAUGUCCUCCCAAGCACGUUGACUUGGAAGACCGUAAUCUUUUAUGUAUCAAGCAUUUUGCGAAGGUGAUGUCCAAUGGCUACAAGUCUGAAACAGCUGCUGAUCUUGACGUGUUGGAACGCACAGUUGAUAGAUCUAUUGCGCGGUACUUGAUAAAUGGAGGAGAGGUUGGACAAAAUGGAGUAAAUUAA